AUGUCUUUCUUGAGACGCCGCUUCGGCGGUGGCGGCGGCGGCGGCGAUGACAGCGAGAUCUCGACGCCCGAACUGUCCCGCGAACCUUCGCCCGGACCAGAUGGGAAGUUCAAACGGCCUGCGAACUUGCGCCUGAUUACCGCGGAGCAGCUGCAAACGCUCAAGAAGAGGGGGCAGCAUAAGAAACGGAGGAAUUUCUGGGUGUUUGGUCUGGGAGGCAUAUUUGGGUUGUUGCUGGCGGGUUUCUUUGCGAGCAGUAAUGACAUGAUUGAUUUGAGUAGUCUGGAGGGCGUCAACUUGGAGAGCAUCAUGGAGGCGCUGCCAGACAACUUUGUGAAGAGCGCGCAGCAGAUGCAGAAAUCAGAAAAAGACGCCGUAAACUACGAUUCCUUCGCCGUCGGUCUCCACGCGCAGAAACAAGGCAUCAAAGCCAAACACCCCGUUAUCAUGAUCCCCGGUGUCAUCUCGACGGGUCUUGAAUCCUGGGGCACGGAAGAAGGGUCGAGACAAUACUUUCGCAAGAGAUUAUGGGGGUCAUGGACGAUGAUGCGCGCGCUCGUCCUCGAUAAGGCGCAAUGGAAACGACACAUUAUGCUCGACAAAGACAGUGGUCUCGAUCCACCGGGCGUGAAGCUACGAGCAGCUCAAGGUUUCGACGCAGCCGACUUCUUCAUAACGGGAUACUGGAUAUGGAAUAAGAUUCUGGAGAAUCUCGCUACCAUCGGGUAUGAUCCAGGUAAUGCCUUCACGGCAGCCUACGACUGGCGCAUGUCGUACAUGAACUACGAGAUACGCGACCAGUACUUCACGCGUCUAAAGUCGCACAUCGAAGUUGCCGUGCGCGUGUCGGACAGGAAAGUCGUUCUUCUCUCGCAUUCCAUGGGCUCACAGGUACUCUACUACUUCCUGCACUGGGUUGAAGCAGAAGGUUACGGCAACGGCGGACCAAACUGGGUCGACGAAUAUAUCGACAGCUGGAUCAAUAUCUCCGGCUGCAUGCUCGGCGCCCUAAAAGACAUGCCCGCCGUCCUGUCCGGCGAAAUGAAAGACACAGCCCAACUCAACGCCUUCGCCGUGUACGGCCUCGAGCGCUUCCUCUCCCGCUACGAACGCGCAGAGAUCUUCCGCGCAAUGCCCGGUCUCUCCUCCAUGCUCCCCCUCGGCGGCAACGCCGUCUGGGGCGACGAAACCGGCGCCCCCGACGACCUCCCCGGCCAAAACGUAACCUUUGGCCCUUUCAUCCGGUUUCGAAAUGCAAACAGCACGAUGACGCAGAAGAACAUCACUGUGGAUGACAGCCUCCCAUUCCUGUUCCGCAACACAGAACCCUGGUUCAAGAAAAUGAUUCAAACCUCCUACUCCCACGGCGUAGCUCACACCACCAAACACGUCGAGGACAACCAGUUCCUGCCCGCUAAAUGGGUCAACCCCCUCGAGACGCGGUUGCCGCUCGCUCCCAACCUGAAGAUCUACUGUUUCUACGGUGUAGGCAAGGAUACCGAACGUGCGUAUUAUUACCGCAGCGACGAUGAUCCGUUGAGCGGGUUGAAUGUUACGCUCGAUACCAUGUUUACCCAGCAGGAGGGCAAUGUGGAUCAUGGGGUCGUCAUGGGUGAGGGGGAUGGCACAGUGAAUUUGCUAAGUAGCGGGUAUAUGUGUACGAAAGGAUGGAAGAUGAAGAGGUAUAAUCCCGCCGGUGUGAAAGUGACGACGUUUGAGAUGAAACAUGAACCUGAUCGGUUUAGUCCUAGGGGGGGUCCUAAUACUGCGGAUCAUGUAGACAUCCUCGGCAGAAUGUCACUCAACGAUCUCAUUCUGCAGGUGGCGGGUGGACGGGGCGAGUUGAUUAACGAUACCAUUCAUUCCAAUAUCAGGGAGUAUGCGGAGAAGGUCAAGAUUUACGAGGAGGAAGAUUGA